AUGGAAGAGGAGCAUUAUCGAGACUGGGCGGGGCUUCCGGUGGAAUUGACAUCAUCGAUCAUGAGCCGUCUUAACACGGUGAAUGUAUUGGAAAAAGCUCAGAAAGCAUGCAUGUCGUGGCAUCUCGUAUGUCAAGAUCCUUCCAUAUGGCGUAAGAUUGAUAUGCACAACGACUUGGGAUUCAUGAACUUGUUGACCAAGAUUCAUCACAGGGACAUGUGUCGUCAAGCUGUUGAUCUUAGCCACGGCGGUUUGGUUGAGAUUGACAUUUGGUAUAUCUGUACUGAUUCUCUCCUCGAACACAUCGCUGAUAGUGCAAGUAACCUCAAAACCCUAAGAAUUGCAAUGUGUCAUGAAAUACUCGAUCAUGGGCUUGUCGAAGCAGCUGCGAAGCUUCCGUUUCUUGAAGAACUAGACAUUUCGUACUGCUCAUUUGAAGUGGAGACUCUUAAAGCUGUAGGACAGUCUUGUCCACACCUAAAGACGUUGAAGCUAAACUACCCUGUAGUUGGUUAUGAUGAAGAUGACUUUGCCUUAGCGAUCGCUGAAAGCAUGCCGGGACUACGCCACCUCCAUCUUUCUGGGAACCACGAUAUGAACAACACGGGCUUGAAAGCUAUUCUCGACGGUUGUCCUCACCUGGAACACCUCGAUUUACGCGAGUGUUGGAAGAUUGAGCUUGUUGGGGACCUAGAGGAUCUAUGCUCAGAGAGAAUCAGAGUUUUGAGACGCCCAGGUGACCCAUCCCCAGGUCCUCAUCCUAUGUUUUGGUUAUAG